AACCAUAAAUGCUAAACUACAAACUUAAUGUAAUUAUACAAUCCUGUUGUAAAAUGACAUAUACACCCUGUACCUUGUGAACACUGAUCUUUUCUUCAUCAAAUCAUUUUGCUGAAAUCUGGGGAUUAUGUGCUGCUGACACCAUCAUUUUAUUUAGAUUUGUAAUUAAUUAAUGAAAAAUAUAUUUAUUACAGUAAAUGUAUAGUGUAGAUAUCAUGCUGUAACCUAAAGACUUAAUUAUAUUAAUUGUAGUCUCAAAAUUAAAUGUGAUAAGAUGUCAUAUACCAUGUCACUGAAACGACAUCUGCCAAUGGAAACAUGAUUUCAAUCAUAGUUCUGUCAAAAGAAUAAAAAUAAAAAGAAGAAUAAUGGGUAUAAAGCUAAUUUUGGUCAUUCUCAAGAUUCCCUCCCUUGAUGAUUUUCUUACACUAUGUUUAAAAAGGAUUCUAAAAGGUGGUUCCUAGAAAGAGAUUGAAGUUAAGGUUGUGGCAAAUUUGAUGGAUUGGUCAGCCAUCUGAAAACUAAAAAAGAAGUGGACACUCUAAAUUGGCCAUAAUUGUGAAUGUGAGUGUGAUGAACAGGCAACUUGUCUAGACUGUAUUACGCCUCUCACUCAAUGUCAGCUGGGAUUGGCUCCAGUCUCCUCACACAACCCUGCAAGGAUAAGCGGGUAUAGAUAAUGAAUGGAUGAAUGGACAUUUUGUGUAGGACCAAAGGCCAACAAUUGGUCAACAAGAGUUUCUGGGUUUCAUCUUGUUAGACGUUUAGAUUUGCACAUUGGCUUCAUGUAUAGGUAAACAAUAAUUGACCACUGAAAUCUUAUAAUUACUCUCGUGGUAUAUUCAAGUCUUUAUAAGACUUACAAAAUUGACAUGCAUGGGGAAGUAAGAGUUUGAUGGUGUCAUAUACUUGUUGAUGCAAUUAAACCCGAUACCAGUUUUCAGUUGAUGCUUUUAUAAUCUGUGUUUUCAGUAGAAAUACACUAGAAUAACCUUUUAAUGUGAAAAACCCUGCCUUACUUUCAGUUUCAAUCACACACUUUGCAAAGGAACAAUUAUUCCUUACUGUAUAUUCCUUAUUAUAAUUAUAACCAUCCUGUUCUACGUUUUCAUGCCUGUACCACUGCCAUGACACACGUGGGAAUUUGAGGUGAGGUUGCAGCUGUUGUGUGACACACAGACCUGCUCUGUCUGCUCACCAUAGUAAUACAACAAAUAAAACACUGGCACUGAUCUCAAGGGUAAAGAAGGCAUUGUAUGACAUGAUCUACUGUUAGUACACUCUCUUUUUGUUCAGGUGAAACAAAUAAAUAAUGUUCAGUUUAAAUUCAGUUAUAAGCAUCCUUUUCAGGUAAAGUAUUAAAUAAACUUGCUCCCAGUGAUUACUUACUUUGAACUGUAAUUAAUAAUGAUUGAAAAGCUUUACUAGAUCGCUAUAACUCAAUAUGAAACCAGCUGAGAAAGUACAGGCAGAAUUGCAUUUUUAAAACUGUAUAUUGCAAAGUCAUGAGGGGGAAUGACCCAUAAAAGGAACCUGAAACAGUUUCACAAAUAAUGCAUCUUUUUCAGUGUCAUUUUUUCUCAACUGUUACAUUAUUAAACUAGCUCACAAGUAAAAACAAGAAAAGGAUAAAGACAAAAGAUAUAGCUAGUAUAAGAGAUUUGUGAGUAUAUGAUUAUCUUUUAACUACAGGAUAAAAAGGUUGUAUGAGAGUCUGCAGGAGUGGUUUGGGCCUGCAGUGUGCGUGGGCGGGACUUUCCACUCGUUUUUGUCCUCACGCUCCAAUAACCAAGAGGCACCUUUUUUCAUUUAUGACCACCUAAAGGCCAAGUCCUAUUUGAAGGACCUACACACAGUGGAUCAACGCAGAGUUGUGCCAAUAUGAAAGGACACAGCUGAGGACAUUUAUUGUAAACUGUACACACUCUACUGGGUUCUUCUUUUAAUGCAGUAUGUUCUAGCUGUGUUCAGUGACUACAGCCCUGCUACAGCAUUGUGGAUUGCAAUUGUGCGGACAAUUUACUUAUCUCUGUCUCCUGGACCGUUCUGAUGUUGAUCUCGUGCUGUGGUUAGAGAGACUACAUGGCUUCAGGUGGAGCAGAGGAAGACGAUGGAGGCAUUCCAUUGGACAUUGACAACGUGCACAUGCUCCUCCAAGUGGAGCAUGAACAGAUUCAGAAAAGGACAUUCACCAACUGGAUAAAUGCUCAACUCUCUAAGAGAUGCCCACCCUCAUAUGUGUCAGACCUCUUUUCUGACAUCAGAAAUGGGUCACAGCUGCUCGACCUGUUGGAGGUGAUGACUGGCCAACCGAUGAAACGACAAAGAGGCCGUGGGGUUUUCCAGCAGAGGGCCAACAUUGAAACAGCACUGAACUUUCUCAAGAGAAAAUCUAUCAAAUUGGUGAACAUAAACAUCUCAGAUAUCAUAGAUGGACGGCCCUCCAUCAUCCUCGGACUUAUAUGGACAAUCAUCCUCCAAUGUCAUAUUGAGGAGCUGGCCAGCACUCUCUCCUUCAGCUCUUGUCAUUCCUCCCUCGACUCUUUGGCCAGCCUGGACUCCUGGUCAGGGAGCCCAGUCCCAGCUAGUCCGGUCCCUGCAGGCCGGACAUCGCCUCUCCACAGACGCUUCCGAAUGUCCGCCAAGAAGGCCCUGCUCAUGUGGGUCAGGGACCAAUGCCAAAAGGUUGGAUGCUCUGUCAGUAUGAAGGACUUCAGGUCGAGCUGGAGAAGUGGUGUUGCCUUCUUGGCCAUCCUGUGUUCUCUCAGACCGCAGCUGGUUGAUCUCUCACUGGUCCAGUCCAGAAGCAACCAGGAGAACCUGGAAGAGGCGUUCCACCUGGCUGAGAGGGAGCUCCACAUCCCCCGCCUGUUGGAGCCACAGGAUGUUGAUGUUAAAGACCCAGAUGAGAAGUCCAUUAUGACUUACGUAGCUCAGUUUCUGCAGUAUUCCAAUGACAUGCCAGCACCUGAUGACCAUCUGCAGCUGUUUCCUCCAGUCCAACCCUUUUCUCCCUCACCUGUGAACUUGCCUGCUCACUUCACUCCAGCAAUUGCUGUCUCACCCUUACGUCAGGUCUCUCCAAGUGAGCGAAUACUAGAGAUGACUUGCUGGCUGCAUCAAGCCUACCAGGAACUGUCAGAGGCACGGAUGGCUACAGAAAUGUCGAGCUAUGCAGAAAAAUAUCAGGUGUUUCAGAACCUCGCUGACUCCUUCACUGAGCAAAGGAGACCAGUGAUGAGCCUCCUUGCUGCCAUAAGACGCUGCCCUGAGCUGAGCCAAGAGCAGUGUGCUCUCGUGACAGCGUGGGAUCAUCUGGAAGAGGAGCUGCAGAGACGUAAAGCAGACCUGGACUUGAGUCUUCCUUCUCCUCUGAACUCUGUUGUUGUAUGGCUGCAGCGUGCAGAGGCAGCAUUAACAGAAGAUGGAGGAAUAACGCAAGAUCACGCAGAUGCUGCAAAAAAAGCAAGAGCUCAACAAGACACGCUAAAGACUUUAAUUAAGGAGAUGAGCCACCACAUCAAUAUCCUUGACACUUAUGACAACAUGGAUGACUCAGGGAACGUAGUAGUGCCCCUUGAAAAGUUUGAUGCGAUAAAAAGACGUUUAACCAAUAUCAGAGUCACAGCCAAGUAUCAAGGGAUCAAGUUAGAAUACCAGGAAUCCUGUCACACUGUACUGGAUCUUCUGGGCAGCAUCAAUGCUAAGCUUCAGACCUGGAAAUCGCCCUACACUUCCCAGGAUACAGUACUUGUGCUUCUGCAGGACUGGCAUGAAACAGUGGAGCGCCAAGGCCAGCUUUUGAUUCUGAUGGAUGCGCUCCAAAACCUGAAAGAAAAGGCAAAUGCUUACACUGGCAAGGCAGCACUAAGUCAAGAUUCCCAGCUUAUUACUCGCCAGGUGAAGGGAGCAGAAGGUGAAGCUGAAUUGGUCACACAGGCUGUGACGGCUGUGAGAGGGACGAUGGAGAGAGUGGUGUCUGCGUGGGAGAUUUACAACAAAUGCCUUCCUUCUCUCCAGACAUGGGUGGCACAGAACAUACAAUCGCACACCCAGACUCCUGCUGUAGAGACGCAGGAUAUGGGUGAGUGGACUUCAUGUCAGGCUAAGUUAAAUGAGGCGGGAAAUUUGCUCAUUGAAGUGACAGAAUCUUCAACCAGCCUCACUCUGGCCGAGCAACUCAGGAAGGUCAACAUGCAGUGGGCUGAAUGCAUGAAGAGGAAAAUGUUUGAAGUGUCAUCAGAGCCCAGUGUUGGUCCGAGCUGUCUUCAAAUGGUGCAUUCACUGACCCAGGAGGCCAGCUGGCUACUGAGGCAGCCACUGGAGGUGGCCUCAGUCCCACUGAAGGCUAACAGACAGAAACUACAGCUACUGAGUAAAAAGAUGGCUGAGGUGGACUGUUCAUCUCUCAGUCCAUCCCAAGACUUUCAAACAAGCCACAUAGAGAACCUCCAGCAAAAUCUCCCACAGAUGCUUGCUGAAGCAGAUAGGACAUGUAGAGAGCUACAGCGGGCUGCGUCCAGGCUGGAGGGCCAUUUGGCUGAGCUGGAACGCUGGAGCACAGAGGCCCUGGACUGUCUCCAGCACCUAAAGGGGAAAAAGCAUGGAGGACACUCUGCAUCGGAACCUAUGGCCAAAGUACUGAUUUCUCGAGGCUUGCAUCUAGAGAACCAGGUUAUAACUGAGGGACAGGAUCUGCAGGAUUUUGUGGUUCAAGUUCAGAAAACCUGUCCUCUGCAGCACCUCAGCGCCUCUUCAUUGCAGGACAGGAUCUCAGAGGCAGUCUCCCACUGCCAGGAGAUUCUUGGAAUGUUUAGGUCAUUUGGGUUUAUGCGAGAUGUGGAAGCAGACCAUCAAACACAGAGACAGCCAGACGCAGGGUUAUUUGUUGUGGCCAGAACCAAACAUGUAGACCAGAUUGGGAACGUUAUGCUGCAAAUCCAGGACCCAAAUCAGGUUUCACACAGGACAAUAGGUCUCCAGGUUUGGCCUAUAAAGCAACACAUGAACAAAGAGGAUGGACCAACCAUUGUUAUACCCAAUGUCCAAAUCAAGCCUUUGAAGGAACCAGUACAUCCUCUUGCUCAAACUGUAGAAGGGGCUAAAUUUUCAAAAUCCCUCACUCAAACUACAAGUCCAAGUCAAAAUGAUGGACCAAAGAACACAAAACACCCAGUCCGAGAGGAAAAGCAAAGCUCACCCCCCUCACAAACUCAGAUAUCGAAACCCAGAGUAAGCGUUCUACAGAGUAAUAAAACAUCUCCAUGGCAACCGCUCAUGGUCCACGGUGAAGUUCAUUCGAAAGCAAAGUCAAUGGCGAGGAGCAGACUGGAGAAGGCCAGGUUUCGUCUGCAAGGACGCAUCCAGCAAGCCAUGAAGUUAUUUGGGGGCAAAGAGAUUUCGGAGACACAAGCCAAGAGGAAACAGAAAGCUUUAAAGAUUCUGCAGCCUGCCAUCCUCGAGGAGUUCCUGGAUGCAGUGGAGGGUUUGGGGGCCUUUUGCGCUGGGCCCCAACUCCAGGACUUGAUGCUCCUCUCUGACUCAGUCAGAAAGCAGUGGGAGGUAUGA